CUGUUGCCCUCGUUAUGCAGAGGUGCGUCUCCUGGCAGAGCCGGGGAAGGGACUUAACGAGUCACCGUGACUCAGGAAAUCCGAGGGUGGUGCGAGCUUGCGGUCACGAGAUAAGGUGUGCUGACGUGAAGCAGCACGGCUGUGUAAAUACCCUUGGAGGAUCACAUACAUUUCCUGCAGGAACAUUGGGUCCACGAUGCCUGGUCGCUGAAGCAGGGCAGAGGCAGGCACGUGGACGGUACAGCACCGUGCGCGCCAUGCUGGGAAGGGCUCUGGGCAGCAAGGCUCUCGUUGCCGGCCUGCGGAGGAUGAGCGUGGCCCGGGGCUCUCUGUGCAUCAAGGAGGCACCAAGGGCACCCCAGGCAAGAAGAGCGUUUUGUGACAUUUCAAAGGAUGGGAAGGGCGCGCCCCUCCAGACCGCUGCUCCAGGUCGCAGCGCCUUGAGAAACGAACGGCAGCCCACAGGGUUCGAGAAAAAGGCACUGAUAUGGGCAGGGCGGUUUGAGAAAGAGGAGGACAUCCCAGAGCUCGUGUCGUCUGAGGCCAUCAAAGCAGCCAAGAACACAGUGAGGAUCCGGGCAUCGUACGUCAUGAUGGCACUGACGCUGCUGUGCUGCUUGGCCAUGGCCAUCUCUGGCAAACACGCCUCCAAAAAGGAUAACACGCUGGUGAGGAUGAACCAGGAGAAGAAGGCCAGGUGGAAGGAGGAAGGAGAGAGAGACCGGGAGGUGGCAGUGGUCAAGGCCGAAUGACCCAGAGCGGACGGACAGGACCGGGGCACUUCGAGCUCUCGGGAGCUUCGUGGGUGUCACUCUGCCAGGGUGAAGAUCUCACUGCUUCCCAACGGCUUGUUUCAGGAUCCCAAAACGCGAGUGCCAACACCCGGGAUUUCUGUGCCGGCAGCUUUCCUCCGGGCUUUUUGACUACUCCCUUUGAGAGGCCCAGAAAUCAGCCCGUUCUCUCCUAAGCCAAAAAUGAGGGGAAGGAUGAUGUGGUGUUAGGGCAGCCAGGGGGGGUCAGGUCUUUGCUCUGCCACUGACUCUCUAGGUGGCCACAGUCAAGUCACUUAAUGAUGUGGAGAGCCCCAUGUCUGACCUCCAGCCUGCGUGACCACGACCCCACGGGCGGCUGGGACCAGGCAUCAGCAGGAGCCGAGACCUUCACCCCCCUCCCCACCAAAGACGUCCAGGCAGACACCUUGGAAGAACCAGCGGAGACACGGCCAUCGUGGAGCAGCGGAGCCGACAGCUCGGCAAUCCCACCGCUGUGCCAUAACCUUUGUCUCCGGGUACCUGCACUUUAUGCACAGAGUCAUCACCAUGGCAGCAUCGCUCGUCCUGCCGCGCUGCAGCUUUGCUCUCAUUAUCAUUAUUAUUUUUAAAUUCCGGUUGUUAUCUUCCAGUUCCCACACUUGUUCUGUCGGCUGCGAUUUUGAGCCAGCAAUGAACUGCCGCUGCAUUGUUUUUGCUAAAGUUUGAUUAUUAGUGGGUUUUUUUGUUUUUUUUUUAAAUCCUCAUAGUUCAUGAAUUCAUCAUCAAACAGCUGCUUGGCUACAUCGAAAAUAAAUGCGUCUUCUCACAGCUUCA